ACUUACAAACUACUCGACAUAAGUAUUUUUCGAGUUACAAACGGCAGUUUUAGAUCCGGUUUUAGAUGUGGUUUUUUCGACUUACAAAUUUUUAGAUGGGGUUUCCUCGACUUACGAAUUUUACAUGCGGUUUCCUUGACUUGCCUGCCUGUUUACUGCCUGUUUAUUCUUGAAAAGAAAUGUUCCUGUGCAGUUUGCAAGCCUUACUGGGGGUCUGGGUCUUUUUUCUAGGCUCCGGAACGCAUUAAUCUGUUCCCAAUGCAUUCCUAUGGGAAACCGCUUUUCGACUUACGAACUUUUCGACUUACAAAUGUGCAUUCGGAACGGAUUAAUUUCGUAAGUAGAGGGACCACUGUAAAUGGUAUAUUGGUACUACUUGGUAUAUAAAUGUAAGUGCUACUUGGUGAAAGAGGCAGGCUGUAAAGGCUUAGGGGGACAGUUCUUCCAUGUAGACCUGUUGCUGCAAGGUGGGUCAACUUCUACCAACCAGUGAAUGAUAAAACACUGUAUUUGAGGGCUCUUGCCUGCUGUUGAUGCUGAGGGUGGGGUGGAACCUAGGAAGCUGCCUUAUACUGAGUCAGGCCAUUGGUCCAGCAGUAUUGUCUACCCUGGCAGGCAGUGGCUCUUCAAGGUUUCAGGCAGGAGUCUUUCUCCGCCUACCUGGAGAUGCCAGGGAUUGAACCUGGGUCUUUCUACAUGCAGGCAUAAGCUCUACCACUGAAUUAGGGGCCCCAUCUGGGUGGUUAGAAGAGAAGAAUGUGGAACAGAGCAUAUUAGAAAGAAAAUUACUCUGACAACAAUUAGCUAAUACGAGCCAGUUCCUCUUUCCCCAUCUCCUGAGUCUGUUGGGGACUCCGACAGCGGCCUCAUGCUGCCCAUCCUGCUCUUCUCUGUGGCCCUCGACACAGUCCAGGGGGGCAUUUCCUGCUAUGACGACUCCGGGCAGCCUGUGGACUGGUUUAUCACUUACAAGCUUCCCAAACCCCAUCGCAGUCCUGUGGCAGAGGGCAUGCGGUAUAUGUACCAAGAUGGGCGCACGCAGGGCUGGGUGCAAGGCAGGAGUCUGAUGAACAGUACGGAGGGAGCCGUGGGCCGUACUCUGCAGCAGUUAUACACAGAGGCAGCACGGAGGCAGGAUGAAACAGCCUAUGUCCUGUACAAUGAUGAGCCUCCAAGUAAGCUGCUCUUCAGCUCCAAGGGCCACACCAAAGGAGUCAUCCUUCUGGAUAGAACCCAGGGAUUCUGGAUGCUUCACAGCACUCCUCACUUCCCCCCCAGUGUGGAGGAGAAGAUGUAUAGCUGGCCCCACAGUGGACUGCCCAAUGGGCAGACCUUCCUGUGUAUCACCUUACCCUACAGCCAGUUCAAAGAGAUUGGGAACCAGCUGCUCUACACUGAGCCCGAGGUCUAUGAUUCUAGUGUGGAAGGUACUUUUGCACAGGACUUUCCUGCCUUGUUGAAUGCUUCAGAGGGACAACACAUCCAGGAGCAGCCUUGGAACUCCAGUGUGACCCUUACCACACUGGGAGGCAAGGAAUUCGUCAGCUUUGCAAAGUUUCGCGCCUUUGAUGAUGAUCUGUACUCCGGCUGGCUGGCCCCGGCUCUUGCGAGUGAUCUCUACGUGGAGUUCUGGCUCAGGUCUCGAGGGAUCCUGCCUUCCAACUGCUCUGGACACUUCCGAGUCUACAACAUGGAGGAACUGGCCUUCCCAGACCCAAGCAUCACCUUCCACACCAUGGUGGACCAUUCCAAAUGGUGUGUGGGAACAGAGAGUGAUCCUGGCUGGGCCUGUGUGGGGGACAUGAACCGCAAUGAGGCAGAGGAACAACGUGGGGGUGGCGCUCUAUGCUGUCGUGAUGCAGCCAUCUGGAAGGCUUUCCGCAACUUGGUAAAGAAAUAUACAGAUUGUGAUGAUGUCAGGUACCAUUGACAAUGUGGGCAGUGAAUCUCUUAAUUCACAUUGCUCCAAGUGUCAGUCGCAUUAAAGGAGCAUCUGGGAGAAAGGGCCCUUUAAUUUUCAGAGCUGCUCAAGGGGAGGCUUUCCUUUACACUUUGGACUUCUACCUCCCUCCUGUCAAAAUGGCAGCACUGCCAGAGCUGUUGGCAUUGUGCAGAGAAAGGACCCACACCAAGGAAAUCCGCUUCCUGCAAUAAACUUAUAUACAUUUGAA